AUGGAGGUCCAAAUACUGUCCAAGGAGUACAUCAAGCCCUCUUCCCCAACGCCUCCACACAUUAACACAUACAGAUUUUCCCUCUUGGAUCACGUAAUGCCUCCAGUUUAUGUUCCCAUGGUCAUGUUCUAUCCUCCUGUUUCACCUCUCAAUACUACUAGAAGUGAAAGAUCACAAGCACUAAAACAAUCUCUCUCGGAAACCCUGACUCGCUUUUACCCACUAGCUGGAAGAAUCAGAGACUACCUUUGCAUCCAUUGCAACGACGAAGGAGCUUGUUACAUAGAGGCCGAUGUCAAGUCUCAUGACCUCUCGGAGUUUCUGCAGCAUCCUGACUUGUCAGUACUCCCUAAGCUUCUUCCAACUUUCAACAGUUUGCUUGAUUACACUGAUCUAAUUUCAAAUGCCACCACUGGCCUAGGAGGAGAAGGAGGAGCUGAUGUAGUCAUGAUCCAAGUGACUAACUUUGCCUGCGGCGGGUUUGUGAUUGGAGUGUUUGUUUCUCAUAUGAUUGUUGAUGGCAUUGCCAUCAGCAAUUUUCUUAAAGCUUGGGCUGCAGCCACUGCACACAGUCUAUCAGGUCAGAGUGUUCAUGAAUUGCCUGAUUUUGAUGCUGCAACAUUGUUCCCUCCGAUUCUUGAUGAACAAGGUAAGAGAACACACCCAAGAGAAGCAACCAUGAGGGGAUUGUACAGGCGUUUCGCCAAGAGAGGAAGGUGUGUUACGAACAGAUUUGUAUUUGAGGCUUCAGCUGUGGCCAAACUCAAAGAGCAAGCAGCAACAUCAUCAUUACAAAAUCCAAGUCGGGUGGAGGCAGUGUCAGCAUUCAUCUGGAAAUGCGCCACGGCUGCUUGGAAGGCCAAGUCUGGUCAAUCUGCACCAAGUUUGAUAACCCACGCAGUGAAUUUGCGCCGAAGAGCUGAGCCGAAUUUUUCCCAAAAUUGUAUGGGGAAUUUUGUUUGUUUGGCAGGUGCAAUAGCAAAUGGUCAUCAGAGAGAACAGGAGUUAGAGUUGUCAAGCUUGGUGAGCAAGAUGAGGGAAGCAACAUCGAAAUUCAAUGGUGACUUGGUGGCGAAGCUACAAGGUCAAGAUGGGUUAGCCACUAUUAGUAAGGUUUUCCAAGACAUGGCCGAGGCUAUCACACUCUCCACUAAUGGGGAUGAUCAGGUGGAGAUGAACUUUAUUGGGUAUACCAGCAUUGCCUACUCUGGAGUGUAUGAUGCCGAUUUUGGCUGGGGAAAGCCUCUGUGGGUCGUUCCAGUUCAUGAGCCCUGUCACGAGGCCUUUUCGGUCAAUGUGGUUCGUUUGAUGGAUACAGGAGAAUGGGGAAACAAUGGUUUUGAAGCUUGGAUUUCUCUAGCUGAAGAAGAAAUGGCAAUGUUGCAAAUCAAUCAGGACUUGCUUGCUUUUGCUACUCUCAAUCCUAGUCCUCUCAGAUUAAGCCAAAAUAUUGGGUCCUAG